CUGCUCGCUGACACCGUCGGCCGCGGCAGCCCACAGCAAGGCGCCCUAAGGAGCGAGUAGUGCGUUGACGCGUCGCGAUCGAGAUCUGUCCCAGCCAUGGACAGGAAGGUAGCCCGAGAAUUUCGGCACAAGGUGGACUUUCUGAUAGAAAAUGAUGCAGAGAAGGACUAUCUCUACGAUGUGCUGCGGAUGUACCACCAGACCAUGGACGUGGCCGUGCUCGUGGGAGACCUGAAGCUGGUCAUCAAUGAGCCCAGCCGCCUGCCCCUGUUUGACGCCAUCAGACCUCUGAUUCCGCUGAAGCACCAGGUGGAGUACGACCAGCUGACGCCCCGGCGCUCCAGGAAGCUGAAGGAGGUGCGUCUGGACCGCACAAACCCUGAAGGCCUCGGCCUCAGUGUGCGUGGCGGCCUCGAGUUCGGCUGCGGGCUCUUCAUCUCCCACCUCAUCAAAGGAGGCCAGGCAGACAGCGUUGGGCUGCAGGUAGGGGACGAGAUCGUCCGGAUCAACGGGUAUUCCCUCUCCUCGUGUACCCAUGAGGAGGUCAUCAACCUCAUCCGCACCAAGAAGACUGUGUCCAUCAAAGUGAGACACAUCGGCCUGAUCCCUGUGAAGAGCUCCCCAGACGAGCCCCUCAAGUGGCAGUAUGUGGAUCAGUUUGUGUCAGAAUCUGAGGGUGGGCGGGGCAUCCUGGGCUCUUCAGGGAGUCGGGAAAACAAGGAGAAGAAGGUCUUCAUCAGCCUGGUGGGCUCCCGGGGCCUCGGCUGCAGCAUUUCCAGCGGCCCCAUCCAGAAACCUGGCAUCUUCAUCAGUAACGUGAAGCCUGGCUCCCUGUCUGCCGAGGUGGGCCUGGAGACAGGGGACCAGAUUGUCGAAGUCAACGGCAUCGACUUCUCCACCCUGGACCACAAGGAGGCCGUGAACGUGCUGAAGAGUAGCCGCAGCCUGACCCUAUCCAUCGUAGCUGGAGCUGGCCGGGAGCUGUUCAUGACAGAGCGGGAGCGGCUGGAAGAGGUGAGGCAGCUCGAGCUACAGAGGCAGGAGCUUCUCAUGCAGAAGCGGCUGGCGAUGGAGUCCAACAAGAUCCUCCAGGAGCAGCAGGAGAUGGAGAGGCAAAGGAAAAAGGAAAUUGCGCAGAAGGCAGCAGAGGAAAAUGAGAGAUACCGGAAGGAGAUGGAACAGAUUAUGGAGGAGGAAGAGAAGUUUCAGAAGCAGUGGGAAGAGGACUGGGGCUCGAAGGAACAGCUGCUCUCGCCUAAGACCCUCGCCACCGAGGUGCGCCCCGUGUCCCUUCGCAAGCCAAAGUCCUUUGGGUGGUUCUAUCGCUAUGAUGGCAAAUUCCCAAGCAUCCGGAAGAGAGGAAAGGAUAAGAAAGCCAAGUAUGACAGCCUGCAGGAGUUGAGAAAGAAUAAGAAGGAACUGGAGUUUGAGCAAAAGCUGUACAAAGAGAAGGAGGAAAUGCUGGAAAAGGAAAAGCAGCUGAAGAUCAACCGGCUGGCCCAGGAGGUGUCCGAGACAGAGCGGGAAGACCUUGAGGAAUCGGAAAAGAUUCAGUAUUGGGUGGAAAGGCUCUGUCAGACACGCCUUGAGCAGAUUUCCUCUGCUGAGAAUGAGAUUUCUGAGAUGACCACAGGGCCCCCGCCUCCCCCGUCUUCUAUGUCUCCCCUGGCCCCACCCUUGAGACGCUUCGCAGGCGGGCUGCACCUCCACACCACUGACCUGGAUGACAUCCCUUUGGACAUGUUCUACUAUCCCCCCAAGAUCCCCUCUGCCCUGCCCGUGAUGCCCCACCCUCCGCCCUCCAACCCACCCUCCAAGGUCCCCGCGCCCCCUAUCCUCCAGUCGUCAGGCCAUGCGAGUGCCUCGCCCUCAUCCUGGGUGCAACACACCCCGCCCCCCAUUCCCAUCCCUCCCCCACCAUCUAUUCCCACCCACGACCUCACUCCUACCCGCCCCCUGCCCUCUGCACUGGAAGAGGCCCUGGGCAACCGCCCCUUCCGCGCUGGGGAUGUAGGCAGUCCUACAGAGGACUGGGAGGCCAAGAACCACAGCGGGAAGCCCGCCAAUUCUCCUGUCCCUGAACGGAGCUUCCCAGCCACCCCAAAGACAUUUUGCCCAAGCCCACAGCCUCCACGAGGCCCUGGCGUGUCCACCAUCUCCAAGCCCGUCAUGGUCCACCAGGAGCCCAACUUCAUCUACAGGCCAGCUGUGAAAUCCGAGGUGCUGCCACAGGAGAUGUUGAAGAGGAUGGUGGUUUAUCAGACAGCGUUCAGACAAGAUUUCCGGAAAUAUGAGGAAGGCUUUGAUCCCUACUCCAUGUUCACCCCAGAGCAGAUCUUAGGGAAGGAUGUCCGGCUCCUGCGCAUUAAGAAGGAGGGAGCCUUGGACCUGGCCUUGGAAGGCGGCGUGGACUCUCCGAUCGGCAAGGUGGUCGUCUCGGCUGUUUACGAGGGGGGCGCUGCUGAGCGGCAUGGUGGGAUUGUGAAAGGAGACGAGGUCAUGGCCAUCAAUGGCAAGAUUGUGACGGACUACACCCUGGCUGAGGCUGAGGCUGCCCUGCAGAAGGCCUGGAAUCAGGGGGGGGACUGGAUCGACCUUGUUAUUGCUGUCUCCCCCGUGAAGGAGUACGAUGAUGAGCUCUCUUCUCUUCCCUCCUCUGCAGCCGAAAGCCCCCAGCCGGUCCGAAAGCUCCUUGAAGACCGUGCUCCCGUGCUUAGGCACGGGUUCUUCCUGCAGCUGGAGCCUGGCAGCCCCCCACGGUGAAUA